CUCCGACUGAGACUCUCUCUGACUACAGCAACACUCUUUGUAUGUAAUUCACGUGUGGGGAAACAAGUUUUGAGUUGAAGCCAUCAAGUUUUGAUGGCAUCUGCCAUUCUGCCUGCCUGCCUGCGUUUAAAAAGAGGUUUUUAUUGCAGCAGCCUACACUGCUCUGCUCUUCUGCUGUCCUAAAAAGCUUCCCUUUCUUUGUUCAAUGAAUACAUGCCCACAGCCACACCACACCACUGCUGCUGUACUACCACUGCAAAUCCAUCCUUACCUCCACUAUAUUCCAAUAUUUGCAUCUCUUACAUCCCUCUCUCUCUCUCUCUCUCUCAACACCACUUUUUGCACAGUCUUCCAAAUAUCCUCUUCCUCUCUCUCUGUAUCAGUUUUCUGAUCACUUGUAUAAUUAAUCCCGCCCUAAUAUACUCUGGUACAGAUAACCCAAUUCGAUUCUGUUGGAAUUCUUUCAUAUUGUUUAGAUUAGAUAUUUUUGUUUCUAUAUAUUACCAAGAUAAUCUAUUUCUGUUGGGAGUAGUAAGAGGUGGUUAACACUCUCCGUCCUCGUCCUCGUCCUCGUCCUCUUCCUCUUCCUCCGCCAGCUUUCUCUAUCUAGACUAUCGUAUUUUGUUUGAUACUUGUAUAUCUUGAUAAGACAUCCAUCUCCAUUCCCUUAAUCGUUAAUCCCUUCUGCCCCUCUCCAUAGCCCACAACCUUUUACUUUACAUAAAUAAAUAAUCUCUCUGUUCGUGUUCGUAUUCGUAUGUAUGUAUGCAUAUAUACAUCUAGUCUAGUUUGACAUAUUCCCAAUUCAAUUCAGGCUGCUCCUAUAAAUAAAAUUCUCCACCUUCUCUAUCUCUCUCUCUCUCUGUUUCGAUUACAAGAAAAGAAAAAGAGAGAUGAAGGAGAUUUGGACAACGAUGGCUUCGAUGAUGGGCGUGUGGGCCUUCUGUCAGAGCCUCCUCCACACCGUCGUCCCGCCGGAGCUCCGUUUCGCUGCCGUUAAAUUCUUCCACCGCCUCUUCAGCUACUUCUCUGCCUACUGCUACUACGACAUAACCGAGAUUGACGGCGUCAACACCAACGAGCUCUACAACGCCGUCCAGCUCUACCUCAGCUCCUCCGCCUCCAUCUCCGGCAGCCGCCUCAGCCUCACCCGCGCCCCCAACGCCUCCUCCGUCACCUUCGGCCUCUCCAACAACGACCGCCUCCUCGACUCCUUCGCCGGCGCCGCCUUCGAAUGGGAGCACGUCGUCACGCAGCGCCAGGCCCAGACAUUCUCCUGGCGGCCCCUGCCGGAGGAGAAGCGCGGCUUCACUCUGCGUGUCCGAAAGUCGAACAAGCACCUCGUCCUCAACUCCUACCUCGACUACAUCGUGGACAGGGCCAAGGACCUGCGCCGGAAGAACCAGGACCGUCUGCUUUACACGAACUCCCGAGGGGGCUCGUUGGACUCCAGGGGGCAUCCGUGGGAGUCCGUACCGUUCAAGCACCCUAGUACCUUCGAUACAUUGGCCAUGGACCCUGUCCGGAAGGCCCAGAUUAUGGCGGAUCUUCGGGACUUCGCUAACGGGGAGUCCUUCUACCAGAAAACGGGCCGGGCUUGGAAGAGAGGGUACUUGCUCUACGGCCCGCCCGGUACCGGCAAGUCCAGCAUGAUCGCCGCCAUGGCCAAUUUCCUCGGUUACGACAUUUACGACCUCGAAUUGACCGAAGUGAACACCAAUUCCGAGCUGCGGAAGCUAUUGAUGAAGACGAGUUCCAAGUCCAUCAUAGUCAUCGAGGACAUCGAUUGCUCCAUAAGCCUCACGAACAGGAACAAGAACAAGAACAGCGCCGCCUCCUCCGCCGGUAAGAGGAACACCCAUGAGACGGCGGCGGCGGCGGCGGACGACGGAGGGAACACGAUCACCCUGUCCGGGCUGCUGAAUUUCACCGACGGCCUGUGGUCGUGCUGCGGCAGCGAGAGGAUCUUCGUCUUCACGACGAAUCACAUGGAGAAAUUGGAUCCUGCCUUGCUUAGAAGCGGGAGAAUGGAUAUGCACAUACACAUGAGCUACUGCUCUUUUCCGGCAUUGACGAUUCUGCUGAGGAAUUACUUGGGGUACGAGGAGGAAAGGGAUCUAAACCAGAAGGUGCUAGACGAGAUCAGGGAGGUCAUCGAACCGGCGGAGAUGACCCCGGCCGACAUCAGCGAGGUGCUGAUCAAGAACCGGCGGGACAAGAACCGGGCGGUCGAGGAGCUUCUGCAGACGCUGAAAAUUAGGGCAGAGAAGAACGGGGAGUCGAAGGGCAGAGAUGGAGAAGAGGAAGAGCAGGAAAAGAGGGCUUUGGAGACAACGAUCCCUCCCAAGGAAGAAGAUCUCUGCAGCAAAAGGGAGGAUGAUGAACAGGAAAAGGAAAAAGAAGAGGAUGAAGAGAAAGUGCAUUGAUUGAUUGUUCCCUGCAGCAUGCAAUGAUCAUAUUUUGAUAUGAACGUAGGUUGUUAGAAUUAAUUGAGGGAUUAAGCUGCUGCUGCUGCUGCAAUGUAAGAAAUGGGAUGGUGAUGUUUGUGGAUCUAUGGCUCUGGAUUGUACUUGUGCAGCUGCCUGCCAGCUCUGCUACCAAAUAUUAUUUAUUAAUAUAAUGUGAGAAUUAGAGCAA